AAAAAAAGUCUCCAUUGAUAGCACAUGACUAUAGCACGUUUUACUGAACUGCUAUCAUAGAUGAGUCUGAAAUUUGCUUAUUAUAUAAUAGGGUUAAUUAAACGCUAUGGUAGAGUUUCACUAAGCGGGAACCUAAAAUUAGCUUUACCGCGGCACACUUAGUGAAAAAAAGACUAAUCUGAUUAUUUUCCCUCUCUCCACUCGCGAAAUACCUUUCUCUUUUUCUCAGUUUCCCCUCUUUCUCUACUAACCCUAAAAAAAUUAGACCACAAUCUCCAUCACUAAAACCCUAAUCCGCUAAUCCAGAACCGUAAUUGAGCUCCCCACAUCCAUUAUUGUCGAUUGCGAAGGUAUCGAAGAUUGAGAUUGCGACAUCUCUGUUGAUUUGUUAUCUCAAAUGGAAGAGAUGUUUUCUGCUUGCUUUGAUUUCGUCUUUUCUUUCUUUCCUGUUUGAUUUGCGUUCCUGCUCCACGUUCUUUGCUUAGAUUUCCUUUAUUAUAUUUUUGACAACAUUUAACUUGAUUCAUGAUUUUAUCGAUUUCGAUUUACAUUAUUUGUUACUUUGAAUGGUUCUCUAUGUUACUAAAGGUUUGAAUGUAGGUUUUAGAACAUAGAUGAUGGAUAAAGACUGGGUUCAUCUGAGCAGAGUCGAUCCUGCUUAUGAGAGAGGAGUUACUAAGUUUGUACGGGAAGUGGCUGCAGCUUCGGGAGGAAUUGAUAUGAUUGUCUGUCCUUGCAUUGACUGUCGUAACAUAGAUCGUCAUUGCGGAAGUGUGGUAGUUGCUCAUCUUGUUACUAGAGGAAUGGAGGAGGCUUAUAAGAAACGCACUGAUUGGUAUCUGCAUGGAGAGUUGAGCUCAGUGGUUGCAGAUGAAAGAAGGGCAAGUCAAUGGAAUGAUGAGAUUAUUGGUUUAUACAGAGCCGCUGAGUGUUCCGAUGAAGCUUUAGCUGGUACGGGGGAUGUCUUUGAGAUAGCAGAGGGAGAGGACAAGAAAGAAGAUGAAUUUUUGGCGAAGCUAGCUGAAGCUGAAACACCUUUGUAUCAUACAUGUGCGAACCACAGCAAGUUAUCUGCAAUAGUGUCAUUAUUUAGAUUAAAGACUUAGAAUGGAUGGUCUGACAAGAGCUUCAAUGAACUGCUAGAGACGUUGCCGGAAAUGUUACCAGAGGAGAAUGUGCUGCACACUUCACUGUACGAGGUUAAGAAAUUUUUGAAAUCAUUUGAUAUGGGUUACGAGAAGAUCCAUGCUUGUGUGAAUGACUGCUGCCUAUUCAGAAAGAAGUUGAAGAAGCUUGAGUACUGUCCAAAAUGCAAGGCAUCGAGAUGGAAGACUAAUAUCCAUACGGGUGAGAAGAAGAAAGGAGUCCCACAGAAAGUAUUACGCUACUUUCCAAUAAUCCCACGGUUGAAGAGAAUGUUCCGGUCUGAAGAAAUGGCUAAGGAUCUAAGGUGGCACUUCAGCAACAAAAGCACUGAUGGGAAACUUCGACACCCUGUUGAUUCAGUCACAUGGGAUCAGAUGAAUGCGAAAUACCCUGACUUUGCCGCUGAAGAAAGGAACAUGAGGCUUGGACUUUCAACAGACGGAUUUAAUCCAUUCAACAUGAAGAAUUCUAUGUACAGUUGCUGGCUGGUAUUGUUAGUCAACUACAACUUGCCACCUGAUUUAUGUAUGAAGAAGGAGAACAUAAUGCUUUCACUGUUGAUUCCUGGUCCACAACAGCCCGGUAACAGUAUAGAUGUCUACUUAGAGCCUCUCAUUGAAGAUCUAAACCAUUUGUGGAGCAGUGGAGAGUUAGUGUACGACGCGUUUACUCGAUCAACUUUCACACUGAAGGCAAUGUUGCUUUGGACGAUCAGUGACUUCCCAGCUUAUGGGAAUCUUGCAGGCUGCAAAGUGAAGGGAAAAAUGGGGUGUCCUUUAUGUGGGAAAAACACAGACAGUAUGUGGCUCAAGUACAGCAGAAAACAUGUGUAUAUGUGCCACAGAAAAGGUCUGCCACCAGCUCAUACUUUUCGGGGAAAGAAGAAGUGGUUUGAUGGAAAAGCUGAGCAAAGGAGAAGGGGAAGAAUUUUAACCGGCCUUGAAAUUUCACAAAAUCUCAGAAAUUUCAAGAAUGACUUUGGCAAUGUUAAACAUUCUGGGAGUAAGAGAAAAAAGAUGGCCUGUACGGAUUUAGAUGAAGAGGAAGAGGAAGAGGAAGAUGAGGAGGAAGAGGAAGAAGUGGAAAUAGAUGAGGAUGAGUUAUCUAGAUGGAAGAAAAGAUCUAUCUUUUUCAAGCUACCUUAUUGGGCGGAACUCCCGGUGAGGCACAACUUAGAUGUUAUGCAUGUAGAGAGAAAUGUGGCUGCUAGUCUAGUUUCGACAUUGUUGCACUGUGGGAAAUCCAAGGACGGUCUUCCGGCUCGUAAAGAUCUUGAGGAUCUUGGUAUAAGGCAGGAUUUACACCCUCGCAUACAUGGAAAACGAACAUAUCUUCCUCCAGCCCCGUGGUCUUUGUCUAAGACAGAGAAGAAGAUAUUUUGCAGGAGGCUUUUUGACUUCAAAGGGCCAGAUGGAUAUUGCUCCAACAUAUCUAGAGGUGUUUCGUUAGAUGACUGUAAAGUGACAGGGCUGAAAUCACAUGACUAUCAUGUGUUAAUGCAGCAACUUCUUCCCAUUGCAUUGAAAGGGCUGUUACCUAAAGGACCGAGACUUGCAAUUUCAAGGUUAUGCGCAUUCUUCAAUCUGUUGUGCCAGAGAGUUAUUGAGAGAGAGCAGCUUCUGGUUAUGGAAGCGGAGAUUGUAGAGACGCUUUGCUUGUUUGAAAGAUAUUUUCCUCCAAGUUUCUUCGAUAUCAUGGUCCAUCUGACUGUGCAUCUAGGAAGGGAGGCCCGGCUUGGUGGACCUGUCCAUUUUAGAUGGAUGUACCCAUUUGAAAGACACAUUUUCAGGUACAUGAAAGUCCUCAAAGACUUUGUUAGAAAUCCUGCUAGACCAGAAGGGUGCAUUGCUGAGUCUUAUCUUGCCGAGGAAUGUAUGAAGUUUUGCAGUGAUUUUCUCAAGAAGUCAACAAAUGUACAAGAUAAAGUAGAGAGAAACAUGGACUAUGAGAACAGCUCUAUCUUAGAGGGUCGUCCAAUAUCAGCUGGCACAUCAGUUACACUCACUGAAAUGGAGAAGAAAAUAGCACAUCUUGCUAUCAUCCAAAACCUUGCUCUCGUCGAACCUUUUGUAGAUGAGCAUCUCCAGUAUUUACAAGACUCAGAUGACAAAUGUAGGAGAGAUGCAUCCAUCUUAUGGAGUAUGCAUACUAAGAAUUUUGCUUCAUAGCUAAAAGAACAGGUGCCUCUUGAUUCUAAAGAACAUGACGAAACACUCAAGUGGCUAGCCUAUGGUCCACGUUCUUCAGCUAAGUCAUAUACGGGCUAUAUAGUU